UUAAAUUAGUAGCAUACUCCAAGAGAAAAAGGCGGACAACUCUUAUGGAAAUGAAAGAGGAAGACCAUGAUAUAUGUACUAUAUAUGAAUAUCAUGAAUAGUGGUGCUCCCCGCAGCGUGCCCCUUCGAUUGGACGAGGAGUCAGUGGUUAGGCACAGCAAAGCGAAACACUCAAUUACACAGAUUGCAAAUGACAUACAAUGCUAGAUAAGAUUUGGUGGCCAGGCAGGGUGUUCAUGGGGCAGCGAUGCCUAUGGACUUGCUGGAGCUGAACAGGCAAAGGCUGUUGAGGGUGGACACCCUGUAUAGUUUAUCAAUGCAGAGACGACGCCAAUAGGCGCACACACACACUGGCACAAGAGCAGCGACCAACUUUUAAGAACUGGGCGCCCCAAUCGUAUAUAAUCAGUUAAAUGCCGGCAUUUGAGCGAGACAGUUAGCAAGGUUGAAAAUUGGUAGACGAUAUAAAGUACUAUAAUUGUAACGUGACUCGUAACUGCGAAUAGAAAGGCGUGAAGCGGGCCAGCUGACGAUUACACAAUUCACAAGAUUUCACGGAACUGCAGUAGAGCGGGCACAAAACUUGGGCAGUCAGUCGAUCUUGCUCAGCUGAUAAACAAGAUUUUAAUAAAACAAUCAGAAGAACAAGAUGCGUUUAAAGCUGAACCGGCUACUAUUCCUAUACACGCUGAGUCUGUUCGCGUUAAUUGUUCUCUGCGCUCCUGCACCCAGCGAGUCGCGUCGCGUCAUCUUCUAUGCCCCACAUCGGAUCUACACCGGACAGAUUCUGGCCACGCACAGCAAAGAGAAGCCCUGCCCCAAGUGCCAUAUGCGCGACCAUCGUGGCAACUGCCGUCGCAUCAUAGCCUUCAAUGCAGACGGUGUCAAGUGCUGAUAUUGUGGUUGAAGCCCUUAGCUUUUCACAUCCCUCAAUCCCGUUCCUGAAUCUCUAGUUCUAAUACAAAACAUACAUACGAGUAUUUACACGCACGCACCCACACUCACACACACUCACGCACACACAUCAGAUGCUGGACCGAUAACACACCAUUAUUUAUUGUACAUAUUUAUAUACAUUGUGCAUUUUCUUCUAUUUUCUUUUUUUUUGCUACUAUUUAAUAAACUGAUAAUAAAUUAUGGAAUUUUGCGAGUAUUUGAGCAAAAAUAUUUCAAAAUUUGCA